UGAGCUAUGAAUAAUUAUCGACGGGAGGAAUUUAGGAUAUGGUAUGCUGCACCAACAGUCAGCGCAGUUAGUUAGGUGUGUAUCGUGCUGGGACGAGACUGUUGCCACAGCAUAGAUCGGUUGUUGGAGCGUUUGCAAUGUGAAAGGCAAUGAAUAAACACAGGAAAGAAGAGAAAGAUCGGACACUGCAUAAGACUUCUUUAGUUUCUCGCUACUGCUAUGAUCAUUUCUCGCGACAGUAUUGUCCGACAUCUGGAGUAGACUUUUUCCUAAAGAAAGCAUCACUUGGUAGCUUAAAAGAUAUUUCAUUACAAAUCUGGGACAUAGGUGGUCGUGUGUUAUCAGGCAACUUGCUUGAUAAAUAUGUACUUGGAGCUAAUAUUGUUUAUGCAGUAUAUGAUGUCACUAGUAUGCCUAGUUUUGAGGGAUUAUAUUCUUGGCUUGAGGCAGUAAGAAGAAUAUGUGCUGCUCAAGAACAUCAGCCACUCAUUUGCAUACUAGGAAAUAAAUGUGACUUAGAACAUCAAAGAUGCGUUCGUCUUGAUCGACACAACAUGUUUGUUCAGGAAAAUAAUGUGUCAUCGUAUCUUGUCUCAGCAAGAACAGGAGAAAUGGUGGCUUUAUGCUUCCAGAAGAUGGUAGCUCAUGUAUUGGGCAUCCAAUUAUCUCGAGCUGAGCAAGAGGAGCAACAACCUGUUAUGAGAGCAGAAAUUGUGGCUGCUCCACCUGUAAUUCCAGAGAACUCUUCAACCAUUACACGCACCUCUUCAGUUUGUGUUAUCCAGUGAAUGUCACAUUGUUGCUUUGUAUCACCCGUUUGAAAUUUUUAAAUCUCUCUCCAACUGAUGUGAAGAAA